CAAUGAACAAUCCUGUCUGUCUUUCCCAAAAUAAGCCAGUGGGAGAGGGAUCGGCGAGUAAGCCAGGGAGAUUGGAGCAGCGAGGUGCACAGCCCCUGGUUAUAAGUCCUGGGAGUGGGAGUGCAGCUUGCUUGGACCCACAUAUACACUGCCUUGCUGCCUGCCUGCCUGCCUGACUGACUUGACUGACUGACUGAGUCUCACUCCACUGUUACUCACUCUCUCUCCCUCUCUGUCCUGCUUCCUCGCUCUUUCCCUCCUACUUUCCACCCUGAAGAGCGAGAGCACACAGUUUGGGAAGGUGCUCUUCAGACCUGCGUCUGGACAGCGUGAAGACGGCACAGAGAGGAUUUUUCCCUCUUCUCUCAUCUUCUCCCUCUCUUUCACCGUCUCUGCCAGACAGCCCAUGGAUGAACUUUUUUGCUUUUUGCUGGCGGCAGAAUAAUAAAAGUUAAACAGACAAUUUGCUCCACCUGCAGUUGAAAAUAUCCAAUUUUUAACUUUUGUUUUUGGGUUUUUUUUUUAUUCCUCUGCACUUGUGAGCAGCACUGGACCAGUUCAGGGUGCCAGGUCUUUGCCCAGGAGGACACCACUCCUCUUUUUUGGCUGCAUGUUCAUUGAAUAUCUGAUGCCAUUGCAUCCCAUGGGAGACACGCGUGGCUGAAGCAAGGAGGGAGGUAGAAGAGAGACCCACCUGACGCUCACACCUACCGCUUCCCUUACCCGGUGCAUCCACCUGCCCUUUAACGCUCUGAGGAGAGAAAGUUCUUUGUGUGUGACACGUGAAGCCUGGGAUGCUGGUGACCAUGCUGUUGGCUCCUGUCUGUGUGCUACUGAUGCUGGGGGGGCGUGCUCUUGCCGGAGGCUAUCCCCCCAUACCCCACGUGAAGUACAUGCAACCCAUGAUGAAAGGGCCUAUCGGACCUCCAUUUCGAGAGGGCAAGGGGCAUUAUGUUGAUAUGCCACCCAUGAUGGAAGUGAAGGGGGAACCAGGCCCCCAAGGAAAACCUGGACCAAGGGGCCCACCUGGGCCACCAGGACUUCCAGGAAAACCUGGACUAGGAAAGCCAGGUCUCAAUGGCCAGGUAGGCCCUCAGGGGCCUCCUGGCUUUCCAGGAAUUGGUAAACCUGGACUACCAGGUCUUCCAGGAAAGAUUGGGCCAAAGGGGAUGUCAGGGUUUAAUGGUGAGGUUGGCCCUCGUGGUGAACCAGGUCCUAGAGGUCCUCCAGGGCAGCCUGGCCUCCCUGGCCCAGCUGGCCUGUCUCUGAAUGGGAAACCUGGACUUCCAGGCAUCAGAGGCCCCCCUGGGUCUCGUGGAGAGCCAGGAAUAAAGGGUAUUUCUGGUCCACCAGGUGACCGUGGGCUUAAGGGCGAGAAUGGAAAUGGGAAGACUGGGCCUCCAGGUAUAAGGGGUCCUCCUGGGCUGAAAGGCAGUACAGGACCACCUGGUAUUCCAGGAAUAGGCAAGCCAGGACCAAAAGGUUUGCCUGGACUGCCUGGUCUUAAAGGUGAUUACGGACUACCAGGGGAUCGUGGAGAACCAGGAGAGGGUGGGGCCCCAGGUCUACAAGGUCUCCCAGGGCCAGUUGGGUUAGGGAAGCCUGGGCUAGAUGGAUUGCCAGGAGCACCAGGUCCACUAGGACCAAAAGGUGAGGCAGGAGGUAGGGGUCCUCCUGGAUUUCCUGGGACUCCUGGCUAUGGAAAACCUGGUCUGAGUGGGCCAAAAGGAGAAAAGGGCCAUGGUGGGUUGCCUGGACUUCCAGGGGACAAAGGAGAUCAAGGAAUGGUAGGCCCAAUUGGGGAGCCAGGGCUUGAUGGGCAACCUGGGCCGGCAGGACUUCAAGGCCCAAUGGGACUUCCAGGAAAACAUGGAAUGCCAGGACAGAAGGGAGAGCUGGGGCCCCAGGGCCCUCCGGGACUGCCUGGCCUCAGAGGUGACCAAGGCCCCAGCGGACAUGCUGGAAAACCUGGCAUCCCUGGGGAAAAAGGCAUCCCUGGACUUAAUGGUCCGUUUGGAAAACCUGGACCCAAAGGUGAAGCAGGUCAUAUUGGCCUACCUGGAAAUCCAGGGCUGACGGGUGCUCCAGGGUCUAAAGGUGAGACAGGGUUCAUAGGGACUCCGGGCCCCAGGGGCCAGUCAGGCAUUCCUGGUCUUCAGGGGCCCAUGGGUCCCAUGGGGCCACAGGGUGCUCCUGGCCCAAAGGGUGAACCUGGACUUCCAGGGUCUCCAGGACUGGGUAAGUUUGGAGAGAAGGGGUCUAUAGGUCCCCAGGGUCCUCCAGGAAAACCAGGCCCUGUUGGGCUUAAUGGUAACCCUGGCCCCCCUGGGCUACCAGGGCCCCCUGGUCCUCCAGGAAACGGCCAAACAGUUGUUGCAGGGCCAACAGAUACACAGUUGGAAGGGGAUGAAGUACCAGGGGACAGGAAGGGGUCUGUGUACAGUCAAGUUCCUCUCUCUGCCUCUGUAGCACCAGCCUUCACUGCCAUCCUCACCACACCUUUCCCUCCCUCUGGUAUGCCAAUCAAAUUUGACAGGACCCUGUACAACGGGCAAAAUGCCUACAGCUCUGCUACUGGCAUGUUCACUGCUCCUUUAUCUGGUGUCUACUACUUUGCGUACCACAUGCAUGUAAAGGGAACUAGCCUGUGGGUGGCACUGUACAAGAACAAUGUACCAGCCACCUACACAUAUGAUGAAUACAAGAAAGGCUACAUGGACCAGGCGUCUGGUAGUGCUGUCCUAGAGCUGAAGGAGGGUGACCAGGUAUGGGUCCAGAUGCCCUCGGAUCAGGCAAACGGCCUCUAUUCUACCGAGUACAUCCACUCCUCCUUCUCAGGAUUCCUGCUCUGUCCCACAUAACCCUGUCCUUUCCUUCAAACAUGUUCCUGUAUUGGCACCUCAGAGCAGCCCUAAACCUAAAAUACCUGCAGCCAUGAUAGAAACACCACAAAACCCAUAAAAUUCUCAUUAUUACUGCCAACAUCUUUAAAUGUCUCACCCUCAAUAUCAUGAGUGAAAGAGAAAACAAACUUUGUGAAUGAAAUAUGGAAAGUUUUAAAAAAGCAGGGGGUGGAAUUUCAUACUGUGUUCUUUGUUUCAGUGUCCUUCAACUGUGUGUUUUUGGGUUGUAUUUUAUGUUGGUGUUUUUUUUAGCUUAUAUUAUUUUAAUUAUUAUAUUGUCAUAAUUUUAUUGUUAUUAUUUGGUCCUUGUCAUCAUUGUUGUUGUUAUUGGAUUCAGACUAUUAAGUGCCUUACUUUGUAAUGUGCUAGUAACAGACCUUCCCAUGUGACUGCACAUCCUGCCCACAUGCUCUGACAUCAUAAGGACAACAUCACCAGACCCUGGGGGGUGAGUGGUUCCUCUGGCUGCAGUCACGUCCCCCUUGUGUUCUUAUUUAAACCGUGAAUACUGACAUAAAGAGCAACAAUACAACAUAGAAAAUAUAGACAAACAAUAGCAAAAAAAUGCAUUUGGUGCUGUAAUACCAUUACUUUUAACUUUUCUUUUGUUUGACCUUUUUGGUACUUUAAAAUUAUUAAUGGGAUUAAAUCUUUGUUUUUAGCGUGAGAUAUAUAUUUUGACAUUUAGCAUCUGUUGGAUGCUUAUUUCUCUACAUCUUUCUGAAUUUAGUAGCUGACCAUUUAAAAUGAUGGGUCUUUGUCUUUUUUUUUUUAUAAUUUACCGAACUGUCCAGAAAUGCAACCCAAAAAAAUACAAUCCAAGAAAAUGGCCUCACAGUAUUAGAAUUAUUAAAUUUAAAAUGUCCAUUUAAAGAGGAUCAGCUACAUCAUGCAAGGACAAUGCCUUUUUUUUAACUUUCAAGACAAUAUUAGCUGAGGAUGAUAUGUAUGUAUACAGUCAAUGUUUACAUGUCAUAGAAUAGAUACUGAGAGCAACUGCAGAUGGAUUGUAAGGACACAACUACAGUAUGAUCGAUAGCCUGUUUCCUUGUAUCGAUCUAGUUUUUCCCAUUUGCACUGCAAACCCCAUCACUAUGUUGUAGGCAUCCUCUUCACAUACUCUCACCAUGACAUCACUGCUUUCUAUUGGUAUACUACCUAUUAAUAAAUCAGUAUCGCAUUAACAUUACCAGUCAGUAAUUUGUAAUUCCAUAACAUGGAAGUUCCAUGCUGACCACGUAUUGCAAAACCUGUGAAGGUGCUAUAAACUCAGUUUUGCUUAUAAAUGAGCAACAUGGAUAACAAGUUAAAUACAUCAACUUAUUCCUUCAAUGCAAGUCUCUGUGUAACUUCUUGCUGGACAAAUGAGAGCAAGUCUGAAACAUUUGUAGUUCUGAAUGAAAAGACUUUUUGUUAAUUCCCAAACACUUGUGUCAAAAAUAGCUGAAUUAUCAUUCAGCUAAAUGGAACAUCCGUGGCUACAAGGACAGGAUGUUUCAGAACUGAAUAAUGUCAAAGUAUACAGCUGAAAAUGAGAAUCAAUCUGCAUUUACUGUAUGAAUAAGUAAAGGGACUUGACUGAGGCCCACAGGUUGUGAAAUACAGGUUGUGUAACUUUUAACAAAUUCCUGCCAGAUUUCUGGGAGAGGUGGUGGGCCAGAGGUGAGAGCUGUGUAUUUACCCAUUUCUGUUGGAUAAGGCAUUAAAGACACGCUGUGUGUGUGUGUGUGUGUGUGUGUGUGUGUGUGUGUGUGUGUGUGUGUGUGUGUGUGUGUGUGUGUGUGUGUGUGUGUGUGUGUUGUGUCACAUUAUCCCCCUCACAUCCAGGUCAUGAACACUUCAGCAAAGAUAAUGAUAAACUCGAAUGAAGUGACAAAACGUUAGGAAGAGCCAACAGGUCCUGUCAAUGUUCCACAAGAAACCUGACUUUAGAACGUUUCAGCAUGCUUUAGCUUUUUAAAAAAAGUUCCACACUCUCUAAUGGUGCCUUUGCAAAGUAAGGGAACAGGUGAUGAAUGUAAUGGAUAGAUUAUGGGAGACAGAAAAACCUGAAAUUAAAUUGACAUUAUGAGAUAAGGAGAUAACAUUUCUGGUUAGCACUGAAUGGGCUAUUUUGCGUAUUGUUCCAAUGAGUGGCCUAAUGGUGUGCAAUAAAUCUGUGUUGUACCAAGUCAUGAACAAAAAAAGAAGACAUUCUGGGAAGUGUGUGAGAUCUUUAUUUAGUUGUUGCAGUUAAAGAAGACAGAAGAUAAAGAGGUUUGACAAAAUUGUUGUGAUUUAACAAUGAGAAGUUGGUGUUUAUAUUACCACCUCCGUGCCUUUACAUGCCUCAGCUCAGACAUGAUCCCAAUCUAAACUUGUACCGCCCGAAUGCUAUCAUUACACUGAAUUUCGACUACCUUACACCCUGAUGGAGGAAUGUCAAUGUACAGGAGGAUUGUGCCAAAUUUUGAUCUUCGCAAUCAGAAUGAAUGUAUACUGUUUGAGUGAUUUUCAAUAGUAUCUACAAACCAUGCUGUGCUAUUAUACAUGAACAGUAACUUUUCAAGUUGCUCUACAGAAGCAGUGCUAGGAUAAGGCCUAAUCAGUAUUUUACAUCUAUAUAAUGCAAACAAUGCACUUGCUCUUGCCCUUUCUGUCUAAUAACAUGAACACACCUACAACUGCUAUGUGUCAUUAUUGUUAUGUGAGUCUACAAGACAGUCCAAGGCUCGUUAUGUACUGUAUGUUGCCUUUUUUUUUUUUGUCGCCUUCUUUUUUUGAACAUAUGAAAUGGUGAUGUGAGUUACAUGUGGCUAACACUCGCUGUCCUUAUGUUUUCAUAGACAAUGUCACUUGCUUGCAGAGUUUGCCCUGUGCGCAAAUCAUUUAACAAGUGUCAGUAAGAUCCAUGUACCGUCUCAAUCACAAAUUGCUUUGAAGUGUUUUCUGUUUUUCUUUAUAAAAAAGAACAAAAAAACAAAAAAGACAAAAAAAAAACAGCCUUGCUUCGGUUCUUAAGGGAUAUUUGUUUGUUUUAGUUUCAGUAAAUACAAACGGCCAUUCCCAUUUGCACAUGAAAUUAAUGAAGAUGUAUUUAUACAUUUAUGAUAAUUUAAUAGGGAUGCCAAAACCGACCACCGAAGCCUAGAACGUAUAAAUGGUAUUUAACAGCAUUGAUGAGUUAAGAGCAUUUACAACAUGUAGUUAGCAUUCUAGUGUUGUUUGUGAAGGAUUAUUUGUGGACUUUUAUUUUCUAUUUGUGUAAUGUACAAUGUAUCAGCGUAUAGGAUUUUUGUCAUACAAGGCUAUUGCGUGCACUCUAUGCAAUAGAAUUUGGGUAUAAAUGCACUCUUUUUGAUUGAAAAUGUUUGUCUGCUUAUACAAAAUCUACAGUACUUGAUUGUAUUGAUACCACAUCAAUAAAAAACUUUCUUGUA